UGUGCAAAGCGUCCUUACGGCACGUCAUUUCCGCUGUGUUCACGCGCUAAGGGUUGAAGCGGGGGGCUGGGAGUUGUAUUACGGUACACAUCUGAAUAAUUUAACCUUCGUUUCAAAACGUGCAAACAUCAUGACUUUCGAUGUGCGGAGGUUUGAUAUAUACAGGAAGGUGCCUAAAGACCUCACCCAGCCCACAUACACCGGAGCCUUCAUCUCGAUCUGCUGCUGCGUCUUCAUGCUCUUCCUCUUCCUCUCCGAGCUGACGGGAUUCAUAGCCACAGAAAUAGUAAAUGAACUGUAUGUGGAUGACCCAGAUAAAGACAGUGGAGGGAAGAUUGAAGUGAGUUUAAACAUCAGUUUGCCAAACUUGCACUGUGAUUUGGUGGGGUUGGACAUCCAAGAUGAAAUGGGACGGCAUGAAGUUGGCCACAUAGAAAACUCCAUGAAGGUGCCACUCAAUAACGGUUAUGGCUGUCGCUUUGAGGGUGAAUUCAGCAUUAAUAAAGUCCCUGGAAAUUUCCACGUCUCCACGCACAGCGCCACAGCGCAGCCACAGAACCCCGAUAUGACCCACAUCAUUCAUAAACUCGCCUUUGGGGACAAGCUACAGGUGCAAAAUGUCCAAGGUGCUUUCAAUGCCCUCGGUGGGGCCAACAGACUUGGGUCUAAUGCUCUGGCCUCCCACGAUUACAUCCUCAAGAUCGUUCCCACUGUGUAUGAGGACUUGUCUGGAAAGCAGAAGUUCUCCUACCAGUACACUGUGGCCAACAAGGAAUAUGUGGCUUACAGUCACACAGGACGCAUCAUCCCAGCCAUUUGGUUCCGUUAUGAUCUGAGUCCAAUCACAGUGAAAUAUACAGAGAGGAGGCAGCCCCUCUACCGCUUCAUCACAACUAUCUGUGCCAUUAUCGGUGGGACUUUUACAGUAGCUGGCAUCAUCGACUCCUGUAUAUUCACAGCUUCUGAGGCAUGGAAGAAAAUCCAAAUAGGCAAGAUGUCCUGAGUGUGUCCCAUUUACUAGACAUCUUAUUUAUACUCCGCUGACUGUCCACACCUGCCCUGGUAUUCCACUAAGAACCCUGAGUUCCCUUUAAGAAAUGUCUUUUGUACAUUACAGCAUUUCAAACCAUCUGGCUGGUGAAACAUUCUCGACAUGGAUAUUGCACAGGUCAGAAAGAAACUGUUAGGAUUAAGGAAAUGCAGUUUUCUUUUUUAAACCUAUGAUGUACUUUUGCAUCUUUUCUAUAAUUAUUCCAUAACUGUAUUUUUGUAAGUUGUGCAGUGUGUGAAGUUCUGCACGGUUUCCCCAUUUGUUAGUAUGUAGCUCACAGAAGGCCAUCAGAAGUCCUGCUUCUUGGUCAUUUCUGUAUAACUGUAUGGAUGAUUUUUUUGGUCCAAACCUAAUUAGUUUAAUUAGGUGAAACAGUAAGUCAUUCAAUUCUAUUGAAUCUGGAAUCCUGUACAUUUGCCCAGAAUUUCGCAGUUUCUUGUUUAAAUUGCACAAAGAUAAAGGAAAUUAGUGUUAGCCUGCAUUAACUCUUGUGGGUGAUCGUUUUGAACUGCAUGAAAUACUAAAUUGCUCAAUGUUAAAAUCAUGUUAGUGUUUACUUCGUUACACAAAUGGCCUCUUGUGCCUUAAAGUGUUUUAAACGGACAGACCUUCCUCGCUGGAGGUAAACUUUUUCUGUUUUAUAGGAAAACCAGUUCUGAUGGUACUUUGUAGAUGUUUUAAAUUGUUAGUUUGGUCACUUACGUAAAGGAAAAAUUAUAAUUGUUUUUGCCCACCAAAGGAUUUUAAAUGAAGUGUAUGGAUAUUACUUUGUAUUGUUUCUUUCCUAGAAAAAUAUAUUCAGUCCAUGCUGUUUACAGCACACUGUGUGGAAAGUAGCUUGUGUAUUUUGUUUACUGCCUGUCCGGGGAUGACCUGAAACAAAGAAAUAACUGAUCUGGUUAAUAGACAUCGUUCGUGAUAAGUGAGUGUUUUAUAAACCUUAUUUAUGAUAUGUAACAGUGUUUUAGAAGUACACAUGGCAACCCGGACUGAAGUAAGGUCUGAAAAACACAACCACUGUGUUCAGUAAGGCACAAACCAUGCAUAGUUGCCAUACAAUGAAUUUGUUUUGGUGAGGGGGGGGUUUGGGGUAAUUGGUUGACUGAGGAACAGUUUUCAUCAUGAUCUUUUGCUAUGUGGACUUCUUCCCCUGUGAUCUGCCCAGUGCUUAUUUACUUUGGUCCGGUAAAAUCACCUAAAUAAACCUCUGUCCUCACAGUUUGUUUUUUUUUGGUAAUCUCGACCAGGCCAUCUGUGUUACUGAACCACUUCUUCACAUUCCUUUUUUUUUUUUUUUUAAUCCAGACUGAACCAUUGUGAAGUUUGUGAGAACACAAACAGAAAAAUAAAAAUUCAAGUUGUUAUUGCUAAGACUUUUAGCAAAGCAGCUUACAGCAACAAA